AUGCCUAUAAUCAUAGGGCGAAGGAGUUUUGGUCGGAUAGUCCCUGCCGACCUCGCCCAAUUCGGUGAUCGAGACGACGGAUUGAUAGCCAUUCUUAAGGAUGUCCGCUUUCUUACUACUCCCUUGCGACUCGAUCCGCACAUAUCGAAGAUAAUGGAGCCGAUUAAUCAAGUUUCAGGAGGAAAGAUAUCGUACUUCAAUCUGCCGCUGGAGCUUCUCCUUCAUAUUGUCUACUAUCUUCCUCCUCAAGACGUUGCCUGCUUGGCUCUUUGCAACAGGGCUUUCCUCAAUGCACUCGGGAGUGAAGCUUGGUCUUCGCUCUCCCAAAAAGCACGGGAUGCAUUCUUGCUCACUCUUACUCGAGACUUGCCAUCCUGCUACUUCUGCCACGUGUGCCUCUCUCUCCACCUUCGGGAUCGCUUAGGGCCGCCCGCCCCUAUAAACUGGAGCCUCUUGAAGUAUGCUUGUACUGAUUCAUAUAUGGAACCGCCGUUGUGGGAUUGUUUCGCCGCGCUCAAAGGUCAUGUAUCCGGCUAUUGGCUAUUCUUCGCCCAUGUUCAGCUGGUUAUGGCGAGACAUUAUCAAGGUCCCGCAUAUGGGCUUCCACUUGAUAUGCUAUCGUACACAGAGGUCAAAGCGCAUACGGAACCGGAUGGCGCAAAAGUUACUAUCCUACUAUCCUUUGACGCAAGAAUAUGUUCGCGAUCAGCAAGCUUGUGCUUACGGAAUCAGCAAUGGAUUCUUCUACGUCCGCAGCACAAGCUACCAGUUAAGCCUGGUCCCGUCGAGCUAAGUGAUGUGCUCGAUAACACCCCUUCACCGGUUCUUGCAUGUAGUUUUUGCGACAUGCACUUUCAACUCGACAAAUGUGACUUGGGCGAUGAAACAAAGGCGAUCGUUAUAACGAAAUGGCUUGAUGUCGGGGCGGGUCUCACAAUCCUGGACCCGAAAUGGCAGGCUCAUGCGCUUGGGGGAUCACGGGAGUUUCCAGAGGGGAGCGAGGAUGUUUACCUGCGCUUUGAAAGACUGCCGGGAAUAUCAGGCUCGAUGCUCUUUAGUCAGAAUGCCUCACACCUAAUGGGAAACCGGUACAAGAAAACCAUGAAACGGCUUUACCGUCACACGUGGCAUUCUCAUACCCCACCUGCCAAAACCGAACUUGUGUUCCUCCGCGCUGCUGUUAUUUACCUGAUGUUUUCUCUCACUUCUCGUCCUCUUCCUCCUUCUUUUUCUUCCCUUUCUUCCUCACUUUGGACAUUAUUUCUGCCCCUCACUGCCUCCAUAGUAAGGGUUUUUGAUCAUCAGCUCAAUCAAUUUGCACCUAUGUCUGACGCGUAUAAUAUCAUCUCGCUCGUGGGGACCUGGGUUUCGGUGUUACUGGCCGUAGCCCAGGUCUUCUUUGCGUACAGGAGUCAAUGCUGUUCAAAUCCUAUCCGGGACGUGGAACACGAGCUCUCGACCCUCGUUACGUCGGUGAGUAAUCAGAAACGGAUUGCUUAUGAAACCCUUCAAGUUCUGAGGGAUGUUCGAGGGAACCUGGAGAGGAUUCAAAGAAACACUGCAGCGCCAUCAAUUAGUGGGUCUGGAGGCCGUUCGGCUACCAAUUCCAGCACCCGUAACUAA